CACUGCUGGAUUCUCACUCAUUUUUAACAUUGGUCAUUUUACCUAAACUGUUUCGAUUUUGAUGCCAAUAUACUCAAGGUAGACUGACAUUUACGCAGCAUUUUUUUUAUUGGAGUUAGGACUUUUCUUUGGAUCUUUUCCCUACGCACUUUACAGAAGGCAAAAUGAUGAAUAACCGGGACCGCUGGAGAGUAUACAAAAGGGUGAGCCUCAUGUUCCUCUUGGCUCUGCUGGCACUGACUGUUGUUCAGCGUGGGAGCAUCAAUAUGGGUGCUCCCUUUGAACUAGAGAGGCAGGCGCGCAUGCACCCUCCCGCUGACUACGAUGACAAACAGGAAAACGGCAUCAAGGCCUUCUGGAAGUCAAGUAAACCCUCAACCUCCGAGAGUCCCACCAUUACCCACGACAACCGGCCAACCACCUGGGAUGUCACCAGCACCAACUGUACUGCAAAUCAUAACCUCUCUGAACAAGACUGGUUCAUGGGGUUAGAGGCAAACUUCAAACAGUUCCUGCUUUAUCGACACUGUAGAUACUUUCCGAUGAUUCUUAACCACCCAGAAAAGUGCUCAGGAGAUAUCUAUCUACUAAUCGUUAUCAAAUCGGUUGCAACGGAGCACGAUCGCAGAGAGGUGAUCCGUAAAACGUGGGGUAAAGAGCAGGUGGUGGAUGGGAAACGAAUCAAAACGCUUUUCCUUCUCGGUAAAUCUUCAAAUGAGGUGGAGCGGGCCAACCAUCAGAAGCUCUUGGAAUAUGAGGACUACAUCUAUGGUGACAUCCUCCAAUGGGACUUCCUGGAUAGCUUCUUCAACCUGACCCUGAAAGAAACCCACUUCCUGAAAUGGUUUCACACAUACUGCCCCAACGUACGCUACGUUUUCAAAGGCGACGAUGAUGUUUUUGUGAGCGUCCACAAUAUUUUUGAGUAUCUCGAAAUGAGCAGCAAGGUGAAAGAUAUGUUUGUUGGGGAUGUGAUUUUCAAAGCUAAGCCCAUUCGCAAAAAGGAGAACAAAUACUACAUCCCCCAUGCUUUGUACAACAAGACCUUCUACCCUCCGUAUGCAGGCGGUGGGGGGUUCUUGAUGGAUGGGCCCCUGGUUAAGAGGCUUCAUGUUGCGGCAGAUACCUUGAAUCUCUAUCCCAUUGAUGAUGUGUUCCUGGGCAUGUGCCUCGAGGUUCUUAAGGUUACUCCCAUCAAGCACAAUGCCUUUAAGACGUUUGGCUUGGUGAAAAAUAAGGCCAGCAAGUUGAACAGAGAACCUUGUUUGUUUAAAAGCAUGAUUGUGGUGCACAAGCUGCUGCCCACGGACCUUAUUCGCAUGUGGAAUCUGGUCAAUAGUGAUUUGGUAUGUUCCAAGAAGGCACAAAUACUAUAGCUUUACGAGAAUAUUCGGACUUAAGAUGGAACCGCUCCUGUUUAUGGACAAAUGUGACAUAUCAAACUGCCGUCUAAGCGGACUACCUGAAGGAGUUUCCUUAAAAGUAAAUUAUGAACUUUUUAUUAGUAUUUUUUAUUGGCAAUUGAAGGACUUUUACUGAAUUUUAUAGGUGGAUUUGUAAGGAGAACUUAUUUGCAGUAGCUGCUUAUCCAGUUGCGUGGCACUGGACUUUAUUGGGUUAAUGUUUUGUGAUAAGCCUCCACCCUGCCCCAUCCGGAAUUUCCAAAUACUCUAAUAUUUAUGUUCUUAAGUUGUUUUUUUUUCUUUUCUAUCAUCUGUCAAACUACUGUAGAUUUGCAGUAAAAAACAAAAACAAAAAAAACCCCCACAUGAAUCCAACAAUGUGAAUUUGUGAUAAUUUAGUGGUACAGAAACCAUUCAUGCAUUAUUUUUUAUAUGUCGGUUUGUUGAUGUUCUGACCUGAGGGAGAUUUCAAAUUUCCUUUCAAUAACAUAACUAAAGCGUGUCUAAUAGUUUUGUUCAAUGCAACAUAUUGUAAUUAAUGCGGGACAAACCAGUCUACCUCAAAAAUGAAAUAUUUUAAGUGUUGGGACAUCACAGCUUUCAAAUGCGUUCAAGGUGACUUUUUGAAUUGUUCUUGCACUUGUUAUUUUAAAUUGAAUUGGACUGGACUUCUGCCUUUGUGUGUUUAUGUCUGAAGCUGCGUUCAUGUGCUGAAAUACUUGACAUGUCUUUGGUAGAGGGUUUACCGUAACACUGUGAACUGCUGAUUGCUGGUACGAGAUUAUUUAAUUACAAGAAGCCAAUAUAGAAUAAAAUAAUAGAAUUCAGUGAUUUUUGCUAGAAUGAGUGGUGAUUAUGUCU